UUCAAUCGAGAAAAAAAUUAGGAAAUCAUUAAGCCAAGAGCGUGUAUGGUAAAAUAAUUGGUAAAAUUUAGCAUUUCAUAAACGAAAAUGGUCGCCAAGUCGGGACACAAUGAAAAGCUGGCGAAACCGAAAACAUCUCACAUCGCGUCCGUGUGGAACCGGGCGAUAAAACCAAACUCGGAGUGGAGUGAUAAGGACGAUUUCCUGGAUGUUGUGUACUGGGCGCGACAAGUUUUGGGUAUCCUCAUCGGAAUAGUUAUGGGCAUUAUUCCACUGAAAGGAUUCAUCGCACUGGCACUAUUUGCCCUGUUGAACUGCGGAGCCGUCUACCUUUACAGCAAUAACUUCCAGUCCAUCGACGAGGAAGCGUACGGUGGCAUGUGGGAAAUAGUGAAGGAAGGUUUUAUGACUUCGUUCGCGUGCUUUCUGGUCACGUGGAUUAUCUUCUACACCGGCAUCCACUUCGACAGCGUGGUGUUAGAGAAAAGCAUUUAGAAAUUUAGUCGGUACGGUAAAAUAACGCAGAUAUAACAAAAAACAAAUUAACAAACAUUGUUGACUAAUUUAUUUUUAUUGUCAUGAAAACGACCAUGGACAUCGCGCACCGGUUAAAAGAAUGUCAUUACAAUCACCAAAUAUAGCGAAACAAACGUA